AUGACGUCUUCUUCUGAUUCUGAGCCUCAUCCUGAACCUUCACCUCCAAGGACUAAGCCUCAUCCUGAACCUUCACCUCCGAGGACUAAGCCUCAUCCUGAACCUUCACCUCCGAGGACUAAGCCUCAUCCUGAACCUUCACCUCCGAGAACUAAGCCUCAUCCUGAACCUUCACCUCGAGGACUAAGCCUCAUCCUGAAUCUUCACCUCCGAGGACUAAGCCUCAUCCUGAAUCUUCACCUCCGAGGACUAAGCCUCAUCCUGAACCUUCACCUCCGAGGACUAAGCCUCAUCCUGAACCUUCACCUCCGAGGACUAAGCCUCAUCCUGAACCUUCACCUCCGAGGACUAAGCCUCAUCCUGAACCUUCACCUCCGAGGACUAAGCCUCAUCCUGAACCUUCACCUCCGAGGACUAAGCCUCAUCCUGAACCUUCACCUCCGAGGACUAAGCCUCAUCCUGAACCUUCACCUCCAAGGACUAAGCCCCUGA